GAGCGCUCCAAGAUGGCGCCCACCGCAGUCCCGCCCGCCGCAGCCUCGGUGCCUCUGCAGUCCGGCCGCGCCUCCCGGGCCCCGCGCUAGGGCCGUCGCUGCCUCCCUCGCUACAGCUGCCAGCUGACCUGUCCUGGAUACAGCAUAACUAACGAAGCUGCUGCAGGAUGAGAAGAUGGCAGCACGGCUGCUCGCACCACCAGGCCCUGAUAGUUUCAAGCCUUUCACCCCUGAGUCGCUGGCAAACAUCGAGAGGCGCAUUGCUGAGAGCAAGCUCAAGAAACCCCCGAAGGCCGAUGGCAGCCAUCGGGAAGAUGAUGAGGACAGCAAGCCCAAGCCAAACAGUGACCUGGAAGCAGGGAAGAGUUUGCCUUUCAUCUACGGGGACAUCCCACAAGGCCUGGUUGCGGUUCCCCUGGAGGACUUUGACCCAUACUAUUUGACGCAGAAAACCUUUGUAGUAUUAAACAGAGGGAAAACUCUCUUCAGAUUUAGUGCCACGCCUGCCUUGUACAUUUUAAGUCCUUUUAACCUGAUAAGAAGAAUAGCUAUUAAAAUUUUGAUACAUUCAGUAUUUAGCAUGAUCAUUAUGUGCACUAUUUUGACCAACUGUGUAUUUAUGACUUUUAGUAACCCUCCUGAAUGGUCGAAGAAUGUGGAGUACACGUUCACAGGGAUUUAUACAUUUGAAUCACUAGUGAAAAUUAUUGCAAGAGGUUUCUGCAUAGACGGCUUCACCUUUUUACGGGAUCCAUGGAACUGGUUAGAUUUCAGUGUCAUCAUGAUGGCGUAUAUAACAGAGUUUGUAAACCUAGGCAAUGUUUCAGCUCUGCGCACUUUCAGGGUUCUGAGGGCUUUGAAAACUAUUUCGGUAAUCCCAGGCCUGAAGACAAUUGUGGGUGCCCUGAUUCAGUCUGUGAAGAAGCUGUCGGAUGUGAUGAUCUUGACAGUAUUCUGCCUCAGUGUUUUUGCCUUGAUCGGACUGCAGCUGUUCAUGGGGAACCUGCGGAACAAGUGUGUUGUGUGGCCCAUAAACUUCAACGAGAGCUAUCUUGAAAAUGGCACCAAAGGCUUUGAUUGGGAGGAAUAUAUCAACAAUAAAACCAAUUUUUACAUAGUUCCUGGCAUGCUAGAACCUUUGCUCUGUGGGAACAGUUCUGAUGCUGGGCAAUGCCCAGAGGGAUACCAGUGUAUGAAAGCAGGAAGGAACCCCAACUAUGGUUACACAAGCUUUGAUACAUUCAGCUGGGCCUUCUUGGCACUCUUUCGCCUUAUGACCCAGGACUAUUGGGAAAACUUGUAUCAGUUGACCUUACGAGCAGCUGGCAAAACAUACAUGAUCUUCUUUGUUUUGGUCAUCUUUGUGGGUUCUUUCUAUCUGGUGAACCUGAUCUUGGCUGUGGUGGCCAUGGCCUAUGAAGAACAGAAUCAGGCCACACUGGAAGAGGCAGAACAAAAAGAGGCUGAGUUCAAAGCUAUGUUGGAACAGCUUAAGAAGCAACAGGAAGAAGCACAGGCUGCUGCAAUGGCCACUUCAGCAGGAACAGUCUCCGAAGAUGCCAUAGAGGAAGAAGGUGAAGAUGGGGUGGGCUCUCCUCGGAGCUCUUCUGAAAUUUCCAAACUCAGUUCAAAGAGUGCCAAGGAAAGGCGUAAUAGGAGAAAGAAGAGAAAGCAAAAAGAACUUUCAGAAGGAGAAGAGAAAGGGGAUCCCGAGAAAGUGUUUAAAUCAGAAUCAGAAGAUGGUAUGAAGAGAAAAGGCAUUCGGCUGCCAGACAACAGAAUAGGGAGGAAAUUUUCCAUCAUGAAUCAGUCACUGCUCAGCAUUCCCGGCUCUCCAUUCCUCUCCCGCCACAACAGCAAAAGCAGCAUCUUCAGUUUCCGGGGGCCCGGGCGGUUCCGAGACCCGGGUUCGGAGAACGAGUUUGCAGAUGACGAGCACAGCACAGUGGAGGAGAGCGAGGGGCGCCGGGACUCGCUCUUCAUCCCCAUCCGGGCGCGCGAGCGCCGCAGCAGCUACAGCGGCUACAGCGGCUACAGCCAGGGCAGCCGCUCCUCGCGCAUCUUCCCCAGCCUGCGGCGCAGCGUGAAGCGCAACAGCACGGUGGACUGCAACGGCGUGGUGUCCCUCAUCGGCGGCCCCGGCUCCCACAUCGGCGGGCGUCUCCUGCCAGAGGCUACAACUGAGGUGGAAAUUAAAAAGAAAGGUCCUGGAUCCCUCUUAGUAUCCAUGGAGCAGCUGGCUUCCUAUGGGCGAAAGGACAGAAUCAACAGCAUCAUGAGUGUUGUGACGAAUACACUGGUAGAAGAAUUGGAAGAGUCUCAGAGGAAGUGCCCACCCUGUUGGUAUAAAUUUGCUAACACUUUCCUCAUCUGGGAGUGUCAUCCGUACUGGAUAAAACUGAAAGAGAUUGUGAACUUGAUAGUCAUGGACCCUUUUGUGGACUUAGCCAUCACCAUCUGCAUUGUCCUGAACACACUGUUUAUGGCAAUGGAGCACCAUCCGAUGACACCACAAUUUGAGCAUGUCUUGACUGUCGGAAAUCUGGUUUUCACUGGAAUUUUCACAGCGGAAAUGUUCUUGAAGCUCAUAGCCAUGGAUCCCUACUAUUAUUUCCAAGAAGGUUGGAACAUUUUUGACGGAUUUAUUGUCUCCCUCAGUUUAAUGGAACUGGGUCUAUCAGACGUGGAGGGGCUUUCGGUGCUGCGGUCUUUCCGAUUGCUCCGAGUCUUCAAGUUGGCCAAGUCAUGGCCAACCCUGAACAUGCUGAUCAAGAUUAUUGGGAAUUCAGUGGGUGCUCUGGGUAACCUGACCCUGGUGUUGGCCAUUAUCGUAUUCAUCUUUGCUGUGGUCGGAAUGCAACUCUUUGGAAAGAACUAUAAAGAAUGUGUCUGCAAGAUCAACCAAGACUGUGAACUCCCUCGCUGGCACAUGCAUGACUUUUUCCAUUCCUUCCUCAUUGUCUUUCGAGUGUUGUGUGGGGAGUGGAUCGAGACCAUGUGGGACUGCAUGGAGGUGGCGGGCCAGGCCAUGUGCCUCAUUGUCUUCAUGAUGGUCAUGGUUAUUGGCAACUUGGUGGUGCUGAACCUGUUUCUGGCCUUGCUGCUGAGCUCCUUCAGCGCAGACAACCUGGCAGCAACGGAUGACGACGGGGAAAUGAACAACCUGCAGAUCUCCGUGAUCCGCAUCAAGAAGGGGGUGGCGUGGACCAAGGUGAAGGUGCACGCCUUCAUGCAGGCGCACUUCAAGCAGCGCGAGGCUGAUGAGGUGAAGCCGCUCGACGAGCUGUACGAGAAGAAGGGCAACUGCCUGGCCAACCACACGGGUGCCGACAUCCACCGCAACGGCGACUUCCAGAAGAACGGCAAUGGCACGACCAGUGGCAUCGGCAGCAGCGUGGAGAAGUACAUCAUUGACGAGGACCACAUGUCCUUCAUCAACAACCCCAACCUCACCGUCCGUGUGCCCAUUGCGGUCGGCGAGUCCGAUUUUGAGAACCUCAACACCGAGGAUGUUAGCAGCGAGUCGGAUCCUGAAGGCAGCAAAGAUAAACUGGAUGACACCAGCUCCUCUGAGGGCAGCACCAUCGAUAUCAAACCCGAGGUGGAAGAGGUCCCUGUGGAACAGCCUGAGGAAUACUUGGAUCCAGAUGCCUGCUUCACAGAAGGUUGUGUCCAACGCUUCAAGUGCUGCCAGGUCAACAUUGAGGAAGGGCUGGGCAAGUCCUGGUGGAUCCUACGGAAAACCUGCUUCCUCAUCGUGGAGCACAAUUGGUUUGAGACCUUCAUUAUCUUCAUGAUCCUGCUCAGCAGUGGUGCCCUGGCUUUUGAAGACAUCUACAUUGAGCAGAGAAAGACCAUUCGCACCAUCUUGGAAUAUGCUGACAAAGUCUUCACUUAUAUCUUCAUCCUGGAGAUGUUACUCAAGUGGACAGCCUAUGGCUUCGUCAAGUUCUUCACCAACGCCUGGUGCUGGCUGGACUUCCUCAUUGUGGCUGUCUCUUUAGUCAGCCUUAUAGCUAAUGCCCUGGGCUACUCGGAACUAGGUGCCAUAAAGUCCCUUAGGACCCUAAGAGCUUUGAGACCCUUAAGAGCCUUAUCACGAUUUGAAGGGAUGAGGGUGGUGGUGAAUGCCUUGGUGGGCGCCAUCCCCUCCAUCAUGAAUGUGCUGCUGGUGUGUCUCAUCUUCUGGCUGAUUUUCAGCAUCAUGGGAGUUAACCUGUUUGCGGGGAAGUAUCACUAUUGUUUUAAUGAGACUUCUGAAGUGCGAUUUGAAAUCGAAAUUGUCAACAAUAAAACUGAUUGUGAAAGGCUCAUGGAAGGAAAUAAUACAGAAAUCAGAUGGAAGAACGUGAAGAUCAACUUUGACAACGUUGGGGCAGGAUACCUGGCCCUUCUUCAAGUGGCGACCUUCAAAGGCUGGAUGGACAUCAUGUAUGCGGCUGUCGACUCCCGAAAGGUGGAGGAGCAGCCGAAGUACGAGGACAACAUCUACAUGUACAUCUACUUCGUCAUCUUCAUCAUCUUCGGCUCCUUCUUCACCCUGAACCUGUUCAUUGGUGUCAUCAUUGAUAACUUCAAUCAACAAAAGAAAAAGUUUGGAGGUCAGGACAUCUUCAUGACUGAAGAACAGAAGAAGUACUACAACGCCAUGAAAAAGCUGGGCUCCAAGAAACCACAGAAACCCAUUCCCCGGCCCCUGAACAAAAUCCAAGGUGUCGUCUUUGAUUUUGUCACUCAACAAGCCUUUGACAUUGUUAUCAUGAUGCUCAUCUGCCUUAAUAUGGUCACAAUGAUGGUGGAGACAGAUACUCAGAGCAAGCAGAUGGAGAACAUUCUCUACUGGAUUAACCUUGUCUUCGUCAUCUUCUUCACCUGUGAAUGUGUACUCAAAAUGUUUGCCUUGAGGCACUACUACUUCACUAUUGGCUGGAACAUCUUUGACUUCGUGGUGGUCAUCCUGUCCAUUGUGGGAAUGUUCCUGGCUGAUAUAAUUGAGAAAUACUUUGUCUCCCCAACCCUGUUUCGAGUCAUCCGAUUGGCCCGUAUUGGGCGCAUCUUGCGUCUGAUCAAAGGUGCCAAGGGGAUUCGUACCCUGCUCUUUGCCUUAAUGAUGUCCUUGCCUGCACUGUUCAACAUCGGCCUUCUGCUCUUCCUGGUCAUGUUCAUCUUCUCCAUUUUUGGGAUGUCCAACUUCGCGUAUGUGAAGCACGAGGCUGGCAUUGAUGACAUGUUCAACUUCGAGACAUUUGGCAACAGCAUGAUCUGCCUGUUUCAGAUCACCACCUCAGCUGGCUGGGACGGCCUGCUGCUGCCCAUCCUGAACCGCCCCCCUGACUGCAGCCUGGAUAAGGAGCACCCCGGGAGCGGCUUCAAGGGGGACUGCGGGAACCCCUCCGUGGGCAUCUUCUUCUUCGUGAGUUACAUCAUCAUCUCCUUCCUGAUUGUUGUGAACAUGUACAUCGCCAUCAUCCUGGAGAACUUCAGCGUCGCCACGGAGGAGAGCGCAGACCCGCUGAGUGAGGAUGACUUUGAGACCUUUUAUGAGAUCUGGGAGAAGUUUGACCCCGAUGCCACCCAAUUCAUUGAGUACUGUAAGCUGGCAGACUUCGCAGAUGCCCUGGAGCACCCUCUGCGCGUGCCCAAGCCCAACACCAUCGAGCUCAUUGCCAUGGAUCUGCCCAUGGUGAGUGGGGAUCGUAUCCACUGCUUGGACAUCCUUUUUGCCUUCACCAAGCGGGUCCUGGGAGACAGUGGGGAGUUGGACAUCCUCCGGCAGCAGAUGGAGGAGCGGUUUGUGGCAUCCAAUCCUUCCAAAGUGUCUUACGAGCCAAUCACAACCACACUUCGUCGCAAGCAGGAGGAGGUCUCUGCAGUGGUACUGCAGCGCGCCUACAGGGGACAUUUAGCCAGGAGAAGCUUCAUUUGCAAAAAGACCACUUCCAAUAAGCUGGAGAACGGAGGCACGCACCGGGAGAAAAAAGAGAGCACCCCGUCCACAGCCUCCCUCCCAUCCUAUGACAGUGUAACUAAACCCGAAAAGGAGAAACAGCAGCGGGCAGAGGAAGGAAGAAGGGAAAGAGCCAAAAGACAAAAAGAGGUCAGAGAAUCCAAGUGUUAGAGGAGUGCAAAAAUUCACUCUUGUACAGAUUUAAAACUUGCAAGUGAAAGAUUGUUUACAAACUUCCUGAAUAUUAUCAGUGCAGAACAGCUGUGGAGACACUUUAACCUGACGAUCUAUACCAAACGUAGUCUGCUUACCAUGUAACACGGUUGCAUCUUGAGCAGUGACCUGCCACGGGCAAAGGACCCUGCUCCCUGGACACACAGAUUUUUCUAAUGCUUGGGCAGGUGGUUACUGCAUGUUCCACAUCAGUCAAUGCAACUUAGGACAAACCUUACAGGAUACAAAAACAGAGGAGAGGCUGCCGGGACCAACAGAUUUCCCUUGCAGCCUAACGGAUUUUUUUUUUCCAUUUUGUUGAUUCUCAGAAGCAGAAAGCAUCACUUUAAAAGUUUGUUUGUUCAUGCAAACUAUAUUUGCAUUCUUACAUUAAGUUAAGCUAAGCAGAAAAAGAAAAUACACAACACACACACACAACACACUCUCACAUUUAGCCCAUGUCAUUUAAUUGUCAGUUUCUUUGAUAUAAGCCACAUCUUCCCCACAUGGGCUUCACAUGGUUUGGAGAUGGGUGGGGGAAAACAAUCAGGUUUAUUCAGGCUGAGGAGGACUUGCUCAGGCCAAUUCCAAACAUUGUGCUCGUUCAAUGCGUAGAAAUGAUUUGCAUGAUGGCAUGCUGUGAUCAGAAGUCAUGCAUGAGAACCAUACACCACAGGACACUAGUAAUCCUGUCCCCUGCACUGGGUCAGCCUUUGGACAGGACCCAGCCCUGCACCGUUCACUGUCUUUGGAGAAAAUGGUAAGAGUUCCAUACUCGCUGCAAUUCUUUACGAAUUCUUCAAAGUCUUUUACACAUCUUCUGGGUAGGGAAACAUCACCAACCAAUUGACCACUACUGAUUACAAAAACGCAAACAAACCCAAACCAACAAGCAGAUGGAUCCGUUGUGUGUCUAUGUUUAACAGACAUCUCUAACAUACAGCCAUUGUUGCAUAUUCUAAAAGAUGAACUAUUUAAUGUUGCUCUGUGUCCUGUACAUGGGGAGAUUUUGGUCCUGAAUGGCUUGUAUUAAUAAUGUCACUGUAAAACCAAAUCCUAGGGCUAAAAACAAAACAAAUAGUUCAUUUGUAUCUUGCAAUAUUUAUGAUGAUUGUUUAGCCUUCAUACUGGAGAACUGACAAUUUGGGGUAGAGAUAAAAGUGCUAUUCAAAGUAGCAUGUUAUCUCUAAGGGGUAAUUUGGGGAACUUAAAAUAACCUUUCGUUGGGGGUCAAGGGGUGCUCACUUCAUUACUGUCAUGUCCUUCUGCCUUGUGGCUUUCUCUGGGCUUGGGUCAAUAGGAAGAGGGGUUCGGAUAUUCUGAACUGGCCUCUCUCUUCACACGGGUUGUCGCAAGCUCAUGCACUGCAUGGUUCUUCUUGCCUCCAUCACAUUUUUCCACCGAGCAGGGCUUCCCUGAUCCACAGAGUUGGGUGAGGGCAGCUGCACUGGGGCUACGGCUGUGGCUUAUUUCAUUUCUUACUAGAAUAAACAGUCACUGGUGAAACAGACCUGAGGUAGAAAUGGAGCCGCCUCUGAACCAAGACCACUUGGUUUCUUUGUUACACUGGUUUUUAUGAGCAAGUGAUCUAACAGGAAUUCUUCAGGAUCUUCCAACUUCCCCAGGCCCACUCCCUUUCCGCCAGUAUCGCUACCUGCUUAGCAAGCUGCCCAUUGUCAUUGGAGGGUGGCUUUGAGGGGAGUGUCAUAUGUUCCAUUCCAUCUCCGACUUUAGAAGAGACCGUUUCAGUCCAGGGGUUUCUCAUCAGCUAACUCAUUUUCAAGGCCAAGAUGCUGCAGUUGAAUGUGUCAGGAAGUCUAUACAAAGUAUGAGGAGAGAUCGUAACAUGUGAACCAAAUAAAAAUUCUAAAUCCUUCUGGAACCAAAAUAGAGGGGGUGGGAGAAUAACAACCCAUAAUCAGACACACCAAUCUGCCUUGCAGUAGAAGCACUUCGGAUGUAAUUUCACAGUCCACCUGACUAGUUUUGCAUAGAACAAACCACAGCAAGUCCGGAAGCAGGGCUUUCUAUGUUGCUGGACGCCUACAAACUCUGUCCAGCUCUCUUAAGCCUGCUUUGGUGGCACCAUCCGUAGAAUUUUCGUACUCCACCCAAUACCUGAUUGAGAAGGCAUUUCUUUCGGUGACCUGCUAACUGCUAGUAUGAAUGUAUAGUCACAUGUACAGGCUACAUUGUAAACAGCACAAAACAGAAGCUGACACGUGUGGUUAUUCUUUUUAAGAGAAUUAUAAAUACUGUAAUAUAUAAUUUUAUUUUAUUGGCAUGCCUUUUUGUAAAUACAAAUUAUUAACUUAUUAAAUAGGAAAUGGCUUCUGGCUUAUGCCAUUGUCAUGUUUAUUUUUAUUUUUUAUACUUUUCUUUCUUCUUAGAACUUAGAUGCCGUCAGCCAAUGUACAUCCCCCCCAACCAGACAGACAGACAAAAAAUUUUUUAUUGCUAAUGGUCUUUUCCAAAAUAACAAAAAAAAAGUAUAUAUUUUUGUUCCAAUGUGCAAUAAAUUCUAACCACUUCUAUGCAAGAUUUGGCCAAACUUCAUAGUUGUUCUUAGGUCUUGAGAUGGGCAGCAGAGCUGUAAAGAUCCUGCUUGGAACAUCAAGUGCUCGUGCUAGUGAUGUCAUGAAGCUACUAGAGCAUCUUAAUGAAAUUUUUCUGAGAUCUGACCCUUUCCCUCCCCCAGAUCCCAAUCCCAGCCCAGCAGGCUAUCUCCUCAGUAACAUAUGAACCCUGGUAUCUAACACCCCUGAGCCAGCUUCAUAGAGAAGAAGCCUCCGCCAACUCUAUUUGAAGUUUCACUUUUUAUUCCCCUCCACUUCUCCUUCACCACUAUCCCUCCACCCGCUCGUUCACUCACUCAUCCACCCUCUUCCACACUUCUUUGGUAGUAAAUGACACCAUCACCAGCAGUUUACACCCGCAGUUAACAGGCAUUGAAUUGAAAGAAUCAAUGAAGAUGUUUGUGUGCGUCUUCACUUGAAUGGGUGAGUGGCAAUGCUUUGCCAAAUACUAACGAAGCCAAUCAAAAAAGCAGCAGCAGCCACAGUAUCACUGCACAUAUAUAUAUAGAUAUAUAAAUAUAAUAUAAAUAUUUAUUUUUUGUAGCCAGGUCCUUGGUGCAGUAUUUAUACUCCACAAUCCACCUUUGAAAAAGGACACAAAGCAAAAAGACAUGUGAUGCUGUUCAUUUAAAAUGCAGAGCCAAAGCCACCGAGCAGCAGCUAAUAAUGUGGUUGCUGGGACGUGUGUGAAAACACUUGCCCCCUUGUCUUUCCUUAAUCUCCUGUUGCUCAAGAUGAGGAGAGUCCCAUGAGCUAGAGUAGAGGGUGAGAGCAAGCAAACUUCCCAAAUCAGUGUGACCUCCUCUCCUUUCCAAGUGACACUUUUAGUAUCCGGAGUUUCCUGGGGGGAUAUUAACCGAAACCCCCAGACAAAUCCUCAGAGGGAACUGAGCCCAGAAUUAAUUUUUCUUUUUCGCCGCAACCAACAUAAAUCUGUAAAAGACCAAUAGUGAAGAUUAGUUUAUUAGUGAAUGCAUGGAGGCCAACGCUGCUCUAAAUGACACGUGAUUAAAAAGUACAUCACUACUAUAAGCCAAAAGGAAACAAAAUAAAAAUUACCCUUUUUACUGUACAAGGGAAGCCUGUCUUGGUGUGUGUUUGUUGCUUGACUAUCCUAAUUCUUGAGUUCUGGGUGGGGUCUGGGAAUUGGGACUUUAGCACGUUUGGGGAUAGGAGGGGAAAGGAAGAGAGUGAAGUCAGAGGGCCUCUGUCUGGGAAAUAGGGAUUGGCAAGAAAAGCAAGGCCCUAACUGUCCCAGGUCUCACUCCCCCAUUGCAUGUGGCAUUCCUUCCCCCUACUGAGCCAGUGCUCAAGGGUCCCCAAAACCCUCCAUCACCAAGCCACUUAGUGGAGCCCCCAAAGAUUAUGUCAGCCAGCCCAGCUGGACUGGACUGCCUUCUUCACCAGAGUGUUUAGGGAGAGAAAAAAAUACCCCAAUGCCCCCAAAGCUAGGGUAUGUAUGAUGCCCACAGCCUCCAUUCUGCUCGCUAAUGCUGGGCCUUGCCCUCCAUCACUCCCACAGAAUAGACCAGCAGACAGGGGCUGGUCUUGUUCACAUCCUUGCAGGGGAGAGGGGCACGCCUCUCCCUCCCUCUCCCUCUCACCCCUCUUUGGGGACAUCCCUCUCUAGGCCAUGUCUCCUGGUUCAGGAACACUCUCUCAGGAGGAUCUUGAAGUGCCCACUCUAGUCCGCUCCAGUGGCUCCACUCUGGAGAGAGAUGGCUGGUAGGUCAGUCCCUGUCCUCCUCCCCACAGCCCUAGCCUCCAGGCUCUCUGGAGGUGAGAUUGCCAUGAGUUUUGACUUUGUGACUUGAGUCCUGGGCAUCUUCUAUAAUGAUGCCUGUUUCUUUUCUCAGAUGUUGCCCAAAGUUUUGCAAAAAGCUACGUUCAUUUUCAGGUACCCCCACCCCCUACAGAAUUGGCUGCGACCAGGCAGCUGGGGGAGGGGGGGACAUCAGGAGAGAAAAGGAAGUCUGAGUUUGGAGAGUCCCAAGGUUUGCACUAGAGCUUGGGUCAGGUUGUUCUGCUCUGUGCUUUCCUGGAUUCCCUUUCUAAGACUCUCAAGAUUUCCUUUGUUCAGACACUCCUGAGGUACCUCCUGCCCCUACCCCCCACUUCUGUUUGCUGUACAUAGAGGCUAAGUGGGGUGGGGUGGGCAGGUGUGCACGUGUGGUGUGUGUGCGUGUGAAGAAUGUAUAUAGGUAAAGGGGAGCGUGGUCCAGCGGUUGGUUCCAGAAAAGGGACAGGACUCCAGUGUUCCAUCCCCAGCUCAACCGUUGGCUCGCUGUGUGGCCUUGGGCAAGUCACUUAACCUCUCUGUGCCUCAGUUUCCCCAUCUGUAAAAUGGGGAUAAUAAUACUGACCUACCUCACAGGGGUGUUGUGAGGCUUUAAUUAAAUGUUUUGUAAAGUGUUUUGAGAUACAGAGGCAAAGGCGCUAGGGAAGGGCAAAGUAUUAUUUGGACUUAAGGAAGAUGAAAUGGUACCAUAAAUGCUGCUAUUUUGAGAGCCAUUUUAAACUGCACUGCUCCAACCACCCCCGCUUCUCAUCACCAGGACAGCAGGUCGAGAAAAUGUCUUUCCUUUCACUUGCUUCUGGGGUUUGUGAUUAUUCUAGAUACUUUUAUUUCUUUUUUUCCUUGCUGUAUCUCCUUCCUUCACCCCCUCGACUUGUUCCCUGUUCCGUUUAUGCGGAAAUGGCAGAAAUGCUUGAAAAAUGAGAAUGUAUAAGUGGGUUGGAAGUUUAUAGUCUGAAAUUUCAAUUUUACUUUGUACUGUACAUCUUUUUACUUUAGAAUUUGCAAUAAAGGGUUACGUCAAUCUUGUUUUCAACUCUC